UCCCCUUCUAUUCCCUCGUUUUUUUUUCUCCUCUAACUCGUAUAACUGUCAGCAGCAAGUCAUCAUCUUCAUCCCCUGUACCGGCUCUGGACCAGAAAGGAUCUAGUCCAGGUCCUGAAGCUGGACAUCCUCUGGACCAUCGUACUUCCCUUCUUCCAUCCACCUCCUUCCUCCCACAUGCUGAUCUAACAUGCUGCCUCUCCGGAUGCUGCAUCUCCUCAUGCUCAUGGUUUUGCUAUGUGAUGUGGAAGCCACAUGCCCCAAAGACAACCCUCUCACCCUGGUUCCCUCUGAGGUGAUAGCAGAACAUGGAGGGGAGUUCUUGGUAAACUGCACCAGCUCAAAUGAUGAUUAUAAUAGGCUGUUCUGGUCAAACGGAAUCGAAAUGCCUGAGACAGAGGGACAUGAUUCUUUUACCACUUGGACAAUGCCACUGUUAGACUGGAACAUAACGGCUCAGUGCAUAAUACAUAUAAAUGACUCAUUUGAAUGCAGUAAAGACCUCGAGAUUACUUUAUACAAGAAUCCAGACUCGGUUGUCCUUUUCCCUGUCAAUCAUACUGUGGUGGCGACACAUUAUGUGCUGCAGUGUGAUGUCCUCGAUGUUGCCCCUGUUCAGAACCUGACUGUGACGUGGUACAAAGACAACAUGACGAUCAGGACAGAUUCUUUCCUCAACACAACCAAAACACCAGUGAGUGAGUCUUCUCUUAUGACUGUCGAGGUCAGCAGGGAAGACAACGGAGCAGUAUUUCAAUGUGAGGCUCAGCUGGACUUCGGGCCAAAUGGGCCAAAACCUCCUCCUGUUUCUGAAAGUCACAUUGUCUCUGUGCACUAUGCUCCUGAGUUCAAUGACAACACCACUAAUGUCUAUGUGAGAGAGGGUGAAAAUGUCACCCUGAGCUGUGAUGCUGAGGGUAACCCUCCUCCCCGCUUUAACUGGAUCCAUGAUGGGGUGGCUGUGACGGAGAACACAAAAUAUCUCAGUGUUUCUCAAGUAAACGUCAAUGAAAUGUACACCUGUACAGCCUCCAAUGAGCUGGGACAAAUAAUUAAACACAUUUUUAUCAAUGUGAUAAAAGAUGUCCCGAGAGCACCUGAUGUGGCCAUGACCACCCCUGCGGCACAAUUGGAUUGCCCGGUGACGCUGAUGCCUGCUGAAGUUGUGGUGAGGUUUGGCGAUCGAGCUUCAGUUAACUGCAGCACAUCAGCCACAGAUUUUUCAGGAAUGGGUUGGGAGGCUCAUGUUGGAGGCACGGGGUUUAAAAAUGCUCCAUUUGUCAUCUGGACCGUUGAGAAACUUCAAGACUGGUCCAUAAAACCUAAAUGCUACAUUACUCGGAGAAAUCAGCAGUGUUCUGCAGAGCCAACCAUCACGGUCUAUAAGACUCCAGACGUCGUGUCGAUCUCUGCAGUGACUCAAGGGCCCAUGGUGGAGGGCGUCCAGUACCUGCUGAGAAGUGAUGUCAUUAAUGUGGCUCCUGUGCAGAACCUCAGUGUGAUGUGGUACAUGGGCAAGGAAAACGUGAGCGUUCAGACGUUCACAAACAUCAGUGUGACCGCAGUCAACGUGUCCUCUUUUUUGACAGUGACACCUACAAGAGAUCACAAUGGAACACUUUUCACAUGCCUCGCUGAGCUGCACCUGGGACCAAAUGGACCAAAACCUAUCCCCACGAUACUCUCAGAGCCUUACACUGCUGUUGUGCACUAUAAGCCAAUGGUGCAAGAUUGUCCUUCCAAUUACAUUGGAUUGGAGCAUUACUUCAGCCUGGAAAUGAUGCCCUGUAGAGCUGAUGGGAACCCUCCACCCAUUGUUCACUGGCACUAUAAGGGGAUGCUGAUCAAUCAGUCUGAGUCUCUCUCCAGGGCUUAUUCAGGAAAAUACACAGCAACAUUUUCUAAUGAGCUCGGCUGGACCAACACGUCUGUUGAUGUCACAAUUGGAUAUGGCCCUUCAUUUACCUGUAAUGGUAGCUAUGACGUCAAAGAGAAUGGGAACAUCAGAACGGAGUGCAAACCAGAGGGAAUACCUGCACCCAACAUCACCUGGUAUAAAGAUGGAAAAGUGAUACCUUCCCAGCAACGCUGGACAAAGCAUGACAGUGGAAAAUACGAACUCAAAGCAACCAACCAAUAUGGAACAGCCAACCACUUACUAUAUCUUAAUGUUUUGUUUGCCCCUGAGUUCAAGCGGGGGAAUGACACUCAGGAGGUGACCCCGGGUGAAAAUGUGACUUUGGCCUGCAGCGCUGAGGGAAAACCUGUCCCUGAGAUCCAGUGGAACUUCAACGCCAACAAGAAUGUGAGGGAGACCACUGGAGGGCGCCAGAAGAACGUCAGUAUCACAGGAGCCACGUCUACCAAUGAUGGUGUUUACAUCUGCGUUGCCACGAAUAACGUUGGGAGCGUGUCAAGAUUUGUCACACUGAAGAUAAAAGGUAGAGAAGUCCUAAACAGAGGACGCCGGCUGUCAAUCAUUUGGUGGUUGCUGAUUUUGUGCUCCCUAGCCCUCCUCCUCAUCGUCAUCAUCACUCUCUGCAGACAUCAGAGGAAACAUGGACAGUAUAGCUUUGUUCCUGCAGCCAGGGAACCUUCAGAUAUGCCUUUGACCACAAUGUCUGGUGGGGACAAAGCUUAGGAUAUUUACUAAUUGCUUGAUAUUGUGGGAAAUCAGGUUGGUGGCAAGAAUGGCAUGUGUGAAAAGCUGGUACUCUCCUGCAUCAGCUUAUACCUCUACACAUGUAGCAUUUGGGUGUUUACAAAUCAUGCUACUGACAGUGUUUUGUGAGGUUUUUUAUCUUUUCAGUAAAGCUACGCUACUGUCUUCUAAUGUGUUGUGCUUCUCUUUGGAACCUCUUAUAUCAUCCUUUCAGUGAGAGCAAAACCUUUGCCAAUCUUGUGGUUUCACUUAUUUUGCUUUCACAAUUCAGCCUUGGUUAUUUUCAAUUCCUG